UGUGCGAAAAAGUUAAACAAAAAAUCCAUAAAGAAUCCAGUGAAGUGUGAAACAAACCCUAAUUAGGUGAAGAAUUUAUUACCGCCCGGUUGACAAGCCAAGUGCCAAGUGAUAAGUGCAUUGGAAUACGGCUAACAAUAAGGUGUUAUCGGCCGGCGGCUAACAGCAAGGGCCGCGGCCGUGCGCUGUGCUAGAAGUGUGGUGCGAUAUGGUGAGGUGCAUCGUGGCUGCAGCGGGUAGCUGUGGUGGCAGUGGGUCACCCCAACGGUGAACACCGGUCGUCGCAGUGGCCCCCCAGAAUGUGUCCAGUGGUGCCGCGGGGGCCAGCCGAGCGUACGGGCUCAUACUAAUGCUGCUGACUGCACUGCUCUCGUCGGCGUGUUCCCUAGCGGUGCCAUCGGCGGCACAGAAACACUUCGCAUCCGGCGGCGAUCAACACGGCCCACUGCCGGCACCGUCAACCACACUCGCCUCCUCGUCGUUCGCCGCGAUCCCGAUCGUACGUCCAGCGCAUCCGGCAGCGGUGGCCACCCAGACGCUGCUCCAUCAGCAUCACCCGGACCGGAAGCAGCAUGGCCACCGGCGACCAGUUGACCCGGCACACGGCAGCGCGGAGCAAGGAAGCGCCGGGGAGGAAGCACAUCCCGAUCUGUACAAUUUGACACUGACGGCGAUGCGCCAGUACCUGCGCAACCACCUGAAUGCGUCACGCUUCGGGAAGGCACCGCGCAAGCGCUCGCACGUACACGUGGACGCGGUGGAUGUGGAGUUCUACCGGCGGUUCAAGGAGUUCAACAGCAGCCAGGCCGUGCUGGAUGGAGUCGCGAGCCAUCUGGCGUCGGCCGGCACGAACAGCACCCAGCUCGGUCCGGAAUCUUCGCUAGUGCCGGCCGUGAAGGACGCGUCCGAUGCGGACCAACCGGUUGAGCCGUUGGCGAUCGUGACGAACGUCACGCCAGAACCGUCGCCGGUAACGUCAUCGUCCGCGGCUCCCUCAGCCGGCACCGGUCAGCGCGAUUACAGCGUACUCAUGGAUGAUCCGCGUGGCUACAUCACCGUGUCCUCGUCGUUUCCGCUCCGGCCGGGCAAAACGUCCACCACAUGGAACACCACCUUCGCCCAGCACAGAGGCUAUAUCUACGGCUUGGUGUCGUUCUCAGUGAUUUGCGCCCUGGUGCUCGGUCUGUUCGGAGUGUUUCGCUGCCUGCGUGCGACGACCACCACGCGAGCAACCACCGAAGCGCUGACACUGCCGAUCCAGUUUAUCGCCGACGAUCUUGCUCCUCUAAACGCCAACUUGAACCACCUGCCGGUACCCAUGCUAUCGGUACAGUCACCGGGCUGCGCGGGGAUGGAGCGGCUCGGCGUUCCUGCCCGCGGUUCCAUCGGAUCACCACCAAUAAGGAAUGAACGGGCGGGCUUCCAUCACCAACAGCAGGCACAGCAGCAGCAAUCACAGCAGCAGCAGCAUCAGCAUCAGCAGCAACAAUCGCAUCCCCAGCAACAUCAACCAUCCAACCAGCAGAACCACCACCGCCAUCACCAUCACCAGUAUCACCAGCAGACGUCACCGACGGAUCAGCACCUAAGGUUUAGCAGCGAUCUGAUACUGAGCAGCAGCACCAGCAGCAACUUUCGGAGCAACCACAAUCAAUCCUAUCUACUCAUUCCGCAUCAACCGAGCGCCGCACUCGGUGGUAGUGGGGGCGGUGGUGGCAGCAGUGGCAGUAAUAGCAUCAACUACAAAACACACUACAGCAAUAGUUCGUACGGUGGCAGCAGCAGCAUCGGUAGCACCGGUACGACUAAUCCCAUCACCACCAGCUUCCCGCACUGCACCUACCAUGUGCCACUGCCGGACGGAGAGUAUGGACCGGAUCGAGAUCUGCAAAUAAGGACACCGUGCCAGCAAUCGGAAAUACCUCGAACGUACGUAAAAGCCCCACCGAAUAAGACCGUACGCGAUGUGCCCGUGCAGUAUCAGUCCACGGGUGGGAUCACGACGCACGGUACCACCGUGACCGCCGGUAUCGGCACCGGCCACCCCAGCUCGAUGGUCGAUCUGGCCAGCUAUUACGGUGGUGCGAAGACAAUCGGACGACCGGUCGACGGUGGCCGGCUGGCGGCGACAGCACCCGGCCCCAGCUUAGGCGGGAGCGCCACCUGUCAGCAGAAAUCGGUGGACAAACUGCAGAAGAUUUUCCGGUUUUUGCCAGGUAAAGCAACUAAAUCUUCUACUCCAUCAUCAUCGGCAUCCUCGGCGUCCUCGUCGUCCUCUUCUUCUUCUUCUUCUUCUUCCUCCACCUCCUCCUCAUCCGGUAGCAGUAAAGGUACUAGUAAUACAACUAACAACAAUCAUCAAGGGGCGAACGCUGCUAGCUACGGUGGUUUGCAACCACCGGCCCAUCCGGGUGUUUUGCCGGCCAGCCACAGCACCAGCACCGGCAGUCUCAACAACAACAACAACAACGGCAGCGGCGGCGGCAGCACCGUCGCCGGCGGUGGCAUCAUCGCUAGUGGUAGCGUCAUAAGUAGCAUAAGCGGAUCCUAUGGACCUAAUAGCGUUAGUAGCAGCAUUGGUUGUAGCAAUCACGUCAACAACAAUCGCGUCGGGUGUGGUAGCGCUGGUGGCAACAUUCGCGUCGAUGGUCGCGGUGGCUUAAGUUUAGCAACGGCCGGUGCCGGUAUACACAAUCACAACCAACACUAUCGAUCUCCACCGGUGGCUGUAAGUUCCUUGGGUUCACCGUCAGCAGCCACGCUCUCAUCACCAACGUCCUCUUCCUCUUCCUCUGCCUCCUCUUCCUCCUCCUCCCCGUCGCCGUUGGCGUCUACUGUUGUGCGACAAUCCGGUGUCGACGUGAUCGUGCCCGGUACAUCAACAACCGGUCCGAUCGUUUCGGGAUCGAGUUCCGAUCCGGGACAUGCACCGUUCACGAUGUGACCGGCUGUAAGUGGUGGUGGUGGUGGUGGACGACGAACCGGUGGCAGUGCGGUCAGCAGUCUUUGAACCGAUCUGACCCCACCGCCCCUGUACAACCUUCCUUCCGCCCUUCCGUCGGUCCACAGCUUAGUAGUCGUACCAAUUAUUUAGCUAAUCGAUGUCGUGAUACUAUUUGUGAUGAAGCGUUUCGAGUCCUGCGGCGGUGUUGCAAUGUAGGCGGGUCACCUUCGGAGCACAAAGGAUGAUUGUGCUGUAUCGUGUUGUGUGGUUGUGUCACGGUAGACCCACGGGGGCAAUUAACGUGAAAAGGUGUACGUGUGCAUGCGUGGUGAACGUCAUGAGCAUUGGAAAGGAACGUUUUGAAUGUGCGGGGUUGCAUCUCGAUCAAAGGGCCAAGUACAAAUCUUAACUCUGCUGUUGCCGAACGUUGAUAGGUAUGUGCAUCUUCUGGAGCUUACCACAAACCUAAACGUUGUUUGUGUUCGGCUGUGCAUAGACGACAACUGUUACGACCGUAGGUCGAUGUUUUGGCCGACGAUCGGUUUGGUCGAAAAAUUGUAGAAACAUGUGCGUGUUGUUAGUGUGAUUCGUUGCAUAAUAAUUUAAUUAACAGGACCGAUACUAGUCAUUUGUAGCUUCAAUCCGGGUGGACCAUCUUUCUAUUUCCGCCCCCACUGCGGUCUAUUUGGCAAUUGUUGAUAAUAACGUAAUAAUCUAAAUAGAUGAAUAUAUAUAUAUGUAUAUGCGUGUGUGUCAGAGGAUGACUUGUCAACGUACCCCGAUCUUUGGGUGUUCGGCUGGGAAUGUUUUUCUUUCCAUCAUACUUCUUCGUAGUUUAACGACCUACUAGUUCAUGGCGGCCAUUUGCGCAGUCCUUGGGACCGAUUGGGCUUUCCAGUACACACUGACUAUCCUUUUCCUUGACCGUACGCCAUGUUGUUGAAACAGUUGUGUCUUUUGUGUGACUGGUUCGAUGGAAUGGGUAAACCUUUUUAAUAUCUACCUGACCUCAUUUACUUGAGAUGUUCAGUGUGGCUACCGGCAUUA